AGAGAGAAGCAAGAGAGAAGCUUUCAUGAGAAUUACGAGGUGCUAGCGUGUUCUUUGCAUAUACAACAGCAUGCCUGGGUUUUAACACAAACUGCGGAUAACUUAUACACAUCAAAGAAUUUCAGUUUCUGCGUUGGCAAUUAAAUUGCACAAACACUACGAGACAGCGGAUGAACGCAGCAACAGAGAUGGGACACAAUAGGCAUCUUUGGAAAACUUCACAGGACUCCUCCAUCUCUAGACUCGGUGCGACUCUCCGUUUACUAUUCGCAGUCCUCCCAACAUUAUGCACAGCUUUCAAUCUGGAUGUAGACAACCCUACAGUGUACAGCGGACCAAGCGGGAGCCACUUCGGUUAUUCUGUGGAGUUUUACUUAACCGAUUCUACAAGUGUCAGUGUUCUGAUUGGUGCCCCCAAAGCCAACACCAGCCAACCAAGGAUCACUGAGGGUGGAUCUGUGUUCUAUUGCCCAUGGAGCCACAGCCAAUCAGAGUGCAUUGCCAUUGAGUUUGACGUUGAAGGAGAUCGCCCAUUUCAUGUCAAUGACACAGACAUCAACGUGGAAUUCAAGUCCAAACAGUGGUUUGGAGCCACAGUGAGAUCCCAUGGCAACACCAUCCUGGCCUGCGCCCCACUGUAUUACUGGAGAACCACAGAGGACAUUGCCAUGUCAGACGCCACAGGGACCUGCUACCUCUCCAUCAAUAACUUCACCAAGUUUGUGGAGUAUGCUCCCUGUCGCACAGAGAGAGCUGGUCCAGCUGGCCAGGGCUACUGUCAGGGAGGAUUUAGUGCUGAUUUUACAAAGAAUGGGAGAGUCGUUCUUGGUGGUCCGGGAAGCUUUUUCUGGCAAGGGCAGCUGUUCUCGGCCACAAAGGAGGAAAUUGUGAAGGCAUACUACCCUUCCUACUUCCUGCUCUCAGUGGCAGGGCAGGUGGAGACACGACAGGUGCAGGGCACCUAUGACGACAGCUACCUGGGCUACUCUGUAGCGGUGGGUGAGUUCAGCGGAGAUGAAACUGAAGAUUUUGUGACCGGUGUCCCAAAAGGCUUGUUGCUCUUCGGAUUAGUGUCUUUAUUGAAUGGGACCAAUAUGAAAUCAAUGCUCAACUUCACCGGUGAACAGAUGGGCUCCUACUUCGGAUACGCGGUGGUCGCCACUGACAUCAACAACGACGGGCUGGAGGAUCUGUUGGUGGGAGCCCCCACGUUCAUGGUGCGAGGGUCAGACGGCCGUCUGGAGGAGGUGGGCCGUGUCUACGUCUACCUGCAGCACGGAGCCCUGGACUUCAAACCCGGCCUCCCCUCCCUCACGGGGACGCAGAUCGGGGGCAGGUUUGGGAGCUCCAUCGCCCCUCUCGGGGACCUCAACCAGGACGGGUUCAACGAUGUGGCUGUCGGUUCGCCUUUCGGAGGGGAAGAGCAGCAGGGAUUGGUCCUUAUAUACCAUGGACAUACAGGAGGCCUCAAAGCCACGCCUUCUCAGGUGCUGGCUGGCCAAUGGGCUUCCGGGGCCUUCCCCCCCAUCUUUGGCUUCUCUAUGCGUGGAAACAAGGACCUGGAUAUGAAUGGCUACCCUGAUCUCCUAGUGGGUGCAUUUGGAGUUGAUAAGGCAGUUCUGUACAGAGCUCGGCCCAUUGUGAACGCCAGCGCCUCCCUACUGGUGCAUCCCAGCAUGAUCAAUCCAGAGGAGAAGAGCUGUGUGGUGUCCAAUGGGAAUCAAACUAUGCCUGUAUCCUGCGUGAAUCUGAGUUUCUGCCUCACCGCUGGCGGGAAGCACCUCCCAGCAGCUCUCGAGUUUGUGGUGGAGGUGCAGCUGGACAGUGUAAAGCAGAGGCAGAGGGGGGCGGUGCGGAGGUCUCUGUUCCUGCACAGCCAGCAGCCUGCCCUACGGAGGGCUCUGAGCGUGGCCAAUGGGGCGCGAGUCUGCCUGGACACCAAGAUCUACCUGCGAGAUGAGAAGGAGUUUCGGGAUAAGCUCUCCUCCAUCUACAUCUCCCUCAACUUCAGCCUUGACCCUGGGGCUCCCACCGACUCCCACAACCUGCGCCCCGUCAUCAACUACCAGGGAGCCGAGCUCAUCCAACAGAAGGCCCAGAUUCUGUUGGACUGUGGAGAGGAUAACAUAUGUGUCCCUGAUCUUAAGUUGGCUGUUCAUGGUGACAGGAAGGAAGUGUACCUUGGUGAUGACAACGCUCUGACUCUGACAUUCAACGCCCGAAAUGAGGGAGAGGGCGGCGCCUAUGAAGCGGAGCUGUAUGUGGUCCUGCCCCCUGAGGCAGACUACAGUGGCAUCGCACGCAACAAUGAGACGCUAUCCCAGCUGACUUGCAGCUAUGAGACAGAGAACCAGACCCGUUAUGUCAGCUGUGACCUGGGCAACCCCAUGAAAUCUGGCACUAGUCUAUGGGCAGGUCUCCGCUUCACUGUUCCACGCCUGAGGGACACGCGCAGAACAGUGCAGUUUGAGCUCCAGAUCCGCAGUAAAAAUGAGAAUAACUCUCGGAGUGACACAGUGCCUUACAAGCUGGAGGUGGCAGUGAUGGCGGAUGUUAUUUUACAGGGGGUCUCUCGCCCAGACAAAGUCAUCUUCCCUCCACCAAACUGGAAGGUCGCUAAGAAACUGCUGGAGGAGCAGGACGUGGGGCCCUUGGUCCAGCAUGUGUAUGAGCUGGUGAACAAUGGGCCAAGCAUGAUUGGCCACACCCUCCUGGAGCUGCACUGUCCAAUGAGAGUCCAGAAUCACUGGCUGAUGUACCCUCUGGAGGUGACAACCCAGGGGCCCCUCAACUGCACCUCAGACCACAACCUCAACCCCCUGCAGCUCAAGCUCCAGAAGUCUCCUGCAGAAGUGCCUCCUGCACCCACGCUGAGCCCAGAGCACAGCAUUGAGAGGAGGGAGGUCCGCAAAGACCAGCUGUCUCAACUGGUCAACCUGUCGUGUCCUGGCGUGGACUGUUGGACACUCAGAUGCCAGGUGGGGUUGCUGGAGAGGGGGACCAGCACCAUUUUGAAAGUGCGCUCUCGAAUCUGGGCUGAGACCUUCAUGGAGAGAGCAUAUAAACAAUAUGUGCUGGAGUGCUCAGCAAGGUACAGCGUGCAGAGGAUUCCUUACGCCAUUGUCCCCAAAGACAUGCCCUCUGGAACCAAAAAGGUGGUGACCCCAGUGGUAUGGAGCAAGCCAGAAGGACAGUAUGCUGUGCCGCUGUGGAUCAUCAUUCUGGCCAUCCUGGCUGGGCUCCUGCUGCUGGCACUGCUCAUCUACGUCCUGUACAAACUGGGCUUCUUCAAGCGAUCCCAUCCCUACAGCACAACCAUGGAGAAAGCACAGCUGAAACCCCAGGCUUCGUCUGAAGCCUAAGCAGCAGGCCAGCCCUGGAAACAUACCAAAGAAAAUUGUGGAAAUUGGACGAGCACAUUACCAGACAGUUUGCAGAAGACUGCAGCUGAAGCUUUAGGAGUGAAGACUCCACUGCACUGCACUAGAGAAAACAACACAAGGCGAACUGAAUGUUUUUUUAAAAUUCUGUUUCUAUCUUUUUAUCAAGAGUUGGGGCUGGAUUCCAAACAAAGGAGAGCUGCUUUACAGAGGUGCUAUGGAUUAGAGGAGUAAGCAGGUGUGUAGGGAGCAAACAUCCGUGUUCACCUGUUCUUCACUCCAGAGAAGCUGUGGAGAUGGACGCCUUUCUUCUAAGCACAUGUGUUCUGUUUUCCCCUUGUCCCAUUUUUCCUUGUGAGAAAGGAAUGGACUUUAUUUUUAUUUUAAGAACCGCAGAGCUGGUGCUGUAAUCAGAUGGAAUGGGUGGACAUCACAUUGAGUGGUCAAUCAUUGCAUGUCGGAAAGAGAUGUAGCAUUUCAGAAAAGUUAUUUUGUGCUCUCUCAGAAAAGAGCCACACUGCAAAUAGAACCAAAGGCAGUGGGAAUUCCAGGCUUUUAAAAAAGCAGGUGUAUUCACACUGUCUAGGACCUCACUGGCAGAGAUGUUCAUCGUAAAAUGUCUGAUGUCAGGCGCCUCUAUAAUCCAACAGGCGUCUUUGUUUUUGGAAUCCCACAGCAUCUGCAUACUUUCGGCACUUCACAAGACUUUAUUUAACUGCGUCUUUAAAGAAUUUAGCCUUGGUCCUCAUAAGAGACAGGGUUUGUGUUCAAAAGCAGAGCUACUGAGGCUAAACUGCGGAAGGAUGCUGAGCCCAGGGGAACUGGCUGUAAAUGUCUGGGAAAGACGGAUUAUUUACAGGCCUGCUUUUAGAGGUCUGUGGAGGCUCACGGAGGUCUGUGCAGCUGCAUGGUCAGCACUGGUACUGUUUGCACUCAAAGCCGGUCAACGACCAGUCCGCCCAUGAGACCAAAGAAAAAAUGCCCCUUCUGCUCAUUUUACUUCCGCCAUUUUGUGGUCCAUUUGGCUUAAUGUUCUUAAACUGAAGACCAGCCAAAAUGUAAGCACAGCAAAACAGUGUUCUGUAGUCACCAGGGAGACGCUGUAGAAACAGCGGACAUGUGAAAUGGACCACGCCCUGAAAUGCAAGGCUUUUUGCUGCUGCACGAUGGCUUGGUUGAGAAUGAUGGUCAAAGGUCAUUUGAACUGUCUGUAUGUUGUAGUUAUUUUUUUAACCAAGCGGAAGCACAAUCAUGUCCUGCCCUAAAUGGUACUCAUGGUAAACUACAUAACUAUAAAAGAAAAGACUUGCAUAUUGUUUUGAAACAGAAACAAAGUGUUCUCUGUGGAACUGAAUUGAGACAUAAGCACUGUACAUACAGCUGCUUGUUGGAAAUAUAAAAAGACUGAGCAAUGAAGGUCCUUGUGGAGUACUGUUCAGAUAUUUCAUACCCACCUGCUUUGCUGAGGUACAGGGCCAACAUGGAGAGGAUUGUGUGUAUAUGCCUAUGGAUAGGGGAUUACAGCACCAUGUUUCUGCAGGGCUCAUUUGGGGGAGGGGGUACGGCUAUAUGGUGCAUGUGUGUGUAUCUGUGUUUGGGGAUGGGGUAAAUGUGAUGUGGGUUCUCUUGUGUGGGUGUAUUUCUUGCAUGGGUGUAUUUCCUUUUUUUGGAAACAGCCUAUGAUCUGGAAACGGCCAGGUUCUGAGCACAAGCCAUUAUCAUCCAGGACCUGGACCUGAUGUUUAUUUGACUGGGAAUGUCCACUGAGAAAGGCUGCCUGUCAGAGUCUGGCUUUGCAGAGGAAAAGCCCUGGAAGGCAAAAUAUUUCAACGUGACAGAGACAUAGGAAGACUGUCCAACCACUGCAAUCACAUUCAAAUGGUGCUUUUGUAUUACUGUUGUUGUUCACUUGCAUGUCUUGCAGAAGAGCAUAUUGGUCACAUUUUGUUUUCUUUUAUAUCACCCCUUCCCCAUGUUCAUUUAUAACCCCCCAGCCCUCCACCCCAUUUGGAAUCGCUUAACCCAUGUACCGGGGGCUCCAGUACAGGGAGCACUGCAGCUGGAGUGUGCACUUCCUGUAAUCAAGUGAAUACUUUGGACCUUACAGGGCACACAAGGGAGUGCUAGUGUUGGGGAUCUCUCACUGAUGACAACUGGGAGCCUUUGGGCAGCUAGUGAGUUGGUGACUGGAAACAGUAAACCCAGAAACCCUGUAGAUUUAACCACACUCUACUCCUGAAAGGGUUCUUGGGUACAUGUUUUGUAUGCCUGAACCUACAAGUACAGGGCCCAGUCUGCAACCUUAAAAAAACUGAACCACUCAGGAAUCUCAUUCAGUCCCUGUUAUCAAUUACUUAUUAAAUGAAGUAUUACUAAAUGAAGUGAAUUAAGUGUGAAUUCAUGAAAUGCAGUAUUAAGUCAUACAAGUCUAUUUAAAUGAGGAUCUAUUAUCAUUGUGGGCAAAUGUUUGACCCUUUGUCCAUGAUAACAACUUCCUCACACUUGUGGAAUUAAGAGGUUUGGAUAUUACCAUUAGAUAUAUAGAUACAUUUUCUUGAAAAAGAUUAUCUUGUUCAAUAUGAACUGUUUUGAAACUACAGCCAGAUUUUCAUAAGACAAAAGUGUUUGACAUUUUGAAAAUGGAAUGAAUAAGAUAAAAUAAUUGGCCCUCCCUACUUUUAUAAAUGUUGUUAAUUUGUUUUUAUUCAGUUUUGUCCCUUUUUUAAUGCAUUUAUUGAUCCCAAAAUUGAAUAUUGCUUCAUUGUGUCUGAAUGUUCUCUGAUGCUUAUGAGAAUGAAUUUCCUCACCCCACAUUGGGGGAAAUAUUAUAUUGUGGUGUAUUACUGUUUUCAAUUCCAAUAAAACAUAGAUUUUUCA